AUGGCCGCCGCUUUCUCCUCCUCCUCCUCGUCGCCGUCCGCCGCGGCAUCCACCCACCACCCCUUCCCUUUCCCGGCCCCUCCAAACCCGCCCACAGCCCACCGCCUCCGCCUCCGCAUCCGCCUGGCCGCCUCCAGGUGGGUGAGCCGCGGCAGGGCCCCGCCGGAGCGCGGCGCCGGCGCGGCCAACUCCAUAUGGGUCAACCCGGCCGCCCCGUCCCGGCCCGGCCAGGCCGGCCAGAAGCUCCGCCGCCUGGUCCAGCUCGGGGACCUGGACGCCGCGCUCCGCCUCCUCGGCGCCUCCCCCGACCCGCCGGCCGUCGUCGCCUGCAACAUCCUCAUCAAGAAGCUCUGCGCGCAGCGCCGCCUCGCCGACGCGGAGCGCGUGCUCGACGCGCUCAAGGCGGCCGGCGCGGCGGACCCCGUCUCCCACAACACCCUCGUCGCCGGCUACUGCCGCGACGGCCGGCUGGCGGACGCCGAGCGCGCCCUCGCGGCGGCGGCCCUCUCCGGGGCCGCCAACGUCGUCACCUACACCACGCUCAUCAACGGCUACUGCCGCUCCGGCAGGCUCGCCGACGCGCUCGCCCUCAUCGCCUCCAUGCCCGUCGCGCCGGACACCUACACCUACAACACCGUGCUCAUGGGCCUGUGUGGCGCCCGGCAGUGGGAGGACGCCGAGGAGCUCAUGGCCGAGAUGGUCAGGAACCAUUGCCCUCCCAACGAGGUGACGUUCGCCACCCAGAUCCGCGCUUUCUGCCAGAACGGGCUGCUCGACCGCGCCGUUCAGCUGCUCGACCGAAUGCCUAGGUACGGAUGCACGCCCGAUGUUGUCAUUUACAGCACCCUGGUGAAUGGGUUCUCGGAGCAAGGGCGUGUCGACGACGCCAUCGAGCUGCUCAACGGCAUGCUCUGCAAGCCCAACACUGUUUGUUACAACGCCGCGCUGAAAGGUUUGUGCAUCGCUCAGCGUUGGGAGGAUGUCGGAGAGCUGAUUGUGGGGAUGGUUAAGAAAGACUGCCUGCCAAACGAAGCGACAUUCAGUAUGCUAACCAGUUGCUUGUGCCAGAAUGGGCUGGUUGAUUGUGCGGUGGAAGUCCUCGAGCAGAUGCACAAGUAUGGGUGCAGACCUGAUGUUGUCAUUUACAAUACGCUGAUAUAUUCCUUUUCAGAACAAGGGCGUGUGGAGGACGCGCUCAAGUUACUAAACAGCAUGCCGUGCAGUCCUGACGUCAUUAGCUUCAACGCCGCGUUGAAGGGUUUAUGCAGAGCUGAGCGAUGGGAUGAUGCCGAGGAGCUUAUAGGGCAGAUGCUUAGGGAGGACUGUCCCCUAAUUGAAAUGACUUUCAAUAUACUCAUUGAUUCGCUGUGCCAGAGUGGCCGGGUAAACUACGCAAUUGAAGUGUUUGAGCAAAUGCCAAACUUUGGAUGUACACCUGAUAUUGUCACAUACAGUAGCCUUAUUAAUGGCCUUUCUGAACAAGGGCUUGUCGAAUCAGCCAUUGAGUUGUUUCAAAGCAUGCCAUGCAAGCCUGAUAUCUUUGGCUACAAUGCUGUGCUGAAGGGUUUGUGCAAAGCUGCGCGAUGGGAGGAUGCUGGGGAGCUUAUAUCUAAGAUGGCUAGAAAGGAUUGCCCCCCAAAUGAAAUCACAUUCAAUAUACUAAUCAAUUCCCUGUGCCAGAAAGGGCUUGUUGAUCGUGCAAUUGAGGUUUUCGAGCAAAUGCCAAAGUAUGGAAGUACACCUGAUAUUUUCACAUACAAUGCCCUUAUCAAUGGCUUUUCUGAACAAGGCCGUCUGGAUGAUGCCCGCAAGAUAUUAAGCACCAUGUCAUGCAAGCCUGAUGCCGUGUCCUAUAAUUCUGCAUUGAAGGGUUUAUGUCGAGCUGAACGAUGGAAGGAAGCAGAGGAGGUUGUGGCUGAGAUGCUUAGAAAGAAGUGCCCUCCAAAUGAAGUAACAUUCAAGUAUGCUAAUCGAUUAUUUGUACCAAACAGGGUAACUUGA